GGCUUUGCGGUUUUGUUGACCUUUCCACCGGUGACCUCCUUACCCGGCCGGCUCGCCAGCCUCGCCGAUCCCGCCGGCUUCCGGCCGCCGGCUCUCUCCGUCCCACUCCAUGGCGUCGGUGACCGUUACGCCUCUUUCCGCGCCCGAACCCGAGCCCUCAGCUCGCCCCGACAACCUUCCCCGGCCCAGCGUGGCAAUUUCAUGGGACACCCAAGCUCUAUGCAAGCAUGCGGAAACCUGCGAGUUGGGAUCAGAGGCAUUCCUGAUUGAUCCUGCUCUGCUUCCAACUCUAGAAGGUCUACUUCUAGAAACAUAUGCGAUGUUGCGCCCAAAGCCAGUUGAGUAUGAGCAACGACGUACUAUGAUAGACGUCUUCAACAAAAUUGCCAAAGAUAUUUUUGGUAAAAAAGAUGAUUUUCCGGUUGUGGAACCGUUUGGGUCAUUCACAAUGGAUCUAUUUACUACUAAAAGUGAUCUUGAUCUCUCUGUCAACUUUAGCAAUGAUAUGGAUGGUCAAUUUGCUCGCAAGGACAAGAUUUCUGUUAUUAGAAAGUUCGCAAAAGUCCUACAUAAGCAUCAGAGCCGUGGUCGUUGUUAUGGGGUUUUACCUGUUUUAAGUGCUAUAGUUCCUGUACUGAAGGUUACUGAUAAGGGAACCGGGGUUGAAUGUGAUAUUUCAGUCGAAAACAAAGAUGGCAUGUCAAGAUCGAUGAUAUUUAAACUUGUUUCUUCAAUUGAUGAAAGAUUUCAGAUACUUUGUUAUCUGAUAAAGUUCUGGGCUAAGACACAUGAUGUUAAUUGUCCCAAAGAUCGAACGAUGAGCUCGAUGGCAAUUAUCUCCUUAGUUGCUUUCCAUUUACAGACCCGGCAUCCUCCAAUAUUACCUGCAUUUUCCGGCUUACUGAAAGAUGGUGCAGACUUUGCAAGUGUCCAGAGAAACGUUGUGCUAUUCAAGGGAUUUGGGAGCACUAAUAAAGAAUCCGUUGCUGAACUUUUUGUAUCACUAAUGAGUAAACUACUAGCAGUAAAGGAUUUAUGGGAGCAAGGGCUUUGUGCCAGCAAUUUUGAUGGAUUCUGGAUCUCAAAGACCUGGAACAGAGGAAUUGGUAACUUGAGUGUGGAAGACUUCUUGGACCGAUCUCAGAAUUUUGCCAGAUCAGUAGGGAAGGUGGAGAUGCAGAACAUCUGUGAAUGCCUAAAGGAUACUGUUUCCAAAUUGACUGAUUUCUUUAGGGGUAAAAUUGAUGCACCGACACUGAAGAUCCUCAUUUUUGGGGCGUUAAAUCAGGAUGUGCCAGUCAGUCACCCCAGUCCAAAACAUGUUAAGAGCAAGAGGAAGAGGGAGUUGCGACAUGACCCUGCAAACAGUGAGAAGCAGCAAAAGAAAGUGAAGCACGCUGCACAACGCGGCCGCGCUGCUAACAGGAUUGAUUCUAUUUUACCAACUCCCACUGUAUUUAUGCCUCAUGUGCAUCAAGUAGGUUCUACCCAACCAUUUAAUCAGAUUGUGCAUCCAUCUCAGCUUCCGAUUCCUCAGCUUUCCUACGGGUUGCCACAAGCACACUUUCAUCCAGGUCCUCAUAUGAUAGGACAACCUCAUGGUAGUUUCAUCUACUCGACGGAUCCUGGGAUUCAACUGCAGCAGCAAGCCCGGCAUAUGUUUGUUCCUUUGCCAGUCCACCAGCCAGCGAUUAAUAGGUCGUUUCACCCCCAUGGUUUCAACGGGGCACAUGAGGUCCUGUAUGAUGACAAUAGCUGGUUACCUUACGGAAUCAAUCCGAAUUACAGGAGGGUAUGACAGGUGCAGCAGCUUGAAGGGGGCGGUGUAGCCAGCUAAUUGGUGGGGAAUUGUGGUGUUGAUGUGUUGUAGAAUGAAAUGUGCAUUAGCAUUCAUGUAACAAGUUGUUGUUUUGUCCAAAUUGACGGCGAAAGGGAAACCGAAAGCUUUUCUAUGUUGGUCUGCGGUGAGCAGAUUGUAAGUUUAUUCUAGCCUUGGUAAUUGCUCAGCUUGAAAUAUUUUUGGUUAGGAGCCUGGGUGAAGAUUUGAGAUGGCCAGGUAGAUAGCACUGCAGCAAAGGGCAAACUAGAGUAGCUGCUGCUAACUGUUUGCCCAUGUCUGUUUUGUAAUGAAUGAGUGAGCCUAUCAGUUCGUAUGAAGCAACUGUUGUAAUGCAGCUGUAUCAGCUUGAUUGGUUCUCUGCUGU